UCAUAGGCAUUAAGCAAUCAAUUGAAAACAAAAUCACCCCCACAAAUUAAUUAUCUUUGAUCAAAAUGGAUAAAAGUGAGUCAACCAAAAUUGAAAUGGGAGAGAGUAGCAAAUUAGAAAGAAAAUUAGGAAAAGCUCCACUUUUAGGAUCACCAUCUCAUGCUAUUUCAUCAAGUGUUCCUAUAGUUUCAAAUAAUAAAAAAGUUGGUAAUUACAAGAAGGGAAUUUCUAUUUUUGAUCUAAUCUUGAGAAUUGCAUCUGUUGCUACUUCUAUUGGUGCUGCUGUUGGCAUGGCAACUGCUGGAGAAACUCUUCCUUUCUUCACUCAAUUCUUUCAAUUCGAAGCUGGUUAUGACGAUCUUCCUACUUUUACGUUCUUUGUGAUAGCCAUGUCAAUAGUGGUUGCCUACCUAGUCCUCUCCAUACCAUUCUCUAUAGUGUGCAUUGCCCGCUCUCAUGUCGUUGCUCCAAGACUACUCCUCAUUAUUUUUGACACGGCCAUUAUCACAUUGACAACAUCAGCAGCAGGGGCAUCAACAGCCAUAGUAUACUUAGCACACAAUGGUAACCAAGAUGCUAAUUGGCUUGCAUUUUGUAACCAAUUUGGUGAUUUUUGCCAAACAACUAGUGGAGCUGUUGUGGCUGCUUUUAUCACAAUUGUGCUUUUGCUUAUCUUGAUUGUGUUGUCUGCUAUUGCUCUUAAGAGACAUUAAUUGACCAAAAAAAAUAUAUUGUAAUUUGUAUUUUCUUGUUGUUACUUUUGUAAUUGUACUUUUGUGUAAGUGUUAAUUUAUUAUGAUGUUUUUAUUUUGGAUGAGGGGGGAGUGUGUUUGUAAUGUUGUGUUGGUGUUUGUAACUUUUCACUAAACAGGGAGAGGUAAAAAAAUUGUAACAUUACAAUUGGUGAAUUGUGAGAAUUAAU